AUGAAUAACGACGGACAAUCGCCAGUUCCUGGUGCCACUGUGGCCAUCGGGAAUCUUCGUGCACUAGAUCUAAGCUUCUUAACUAGCGCUAAGCCUGUUACUUCUGCUUCACCGGUAAGAAAUACCGCGUUAUAAAAAAAUAUUAUUUUUAGAGUUAAACAUGUAAAAUAUGAUGUAGGCACCAAAAUUUUAUCUUUAUUUUGUUUUAGGUCGAUGUAGCACGACGUUCCGCACCGCUAACGAAGUCGGCGCUUUCUUAUACUAGUUAUGCACAAGCAAUCAGACGACAACCCUAUCAUAUUGUAAGUUCAUUAGUUUAAUAUAUUUCUAUUUAUAACAUUUUUUAAAGUUAUUAUUUUUGAUUUGGUUUUAGGCCUCAAAACAUGAAAACCGACCGCCACCGCCACUGGUGUUAAAACAGGGAUUUAAACUUAAGCCGGGGAGUAAAUUCCCAUUUGAAGGAGAAUAUUUGGUAACAGAAGAAAGGAAACCUCCGCCAAGAGAUGUUGAAGACGACUUGGCACAAUUUAAGGUAACCAACCUCUUUUCUUGUUUUAUGCAAAUUUAGUGUACUUGGGAAGGGUGUUACAAACGGAUCUCGACGAAUAUCAACUUUAUGCAUCACAUCUGGGCGCAUCUUGCUCAUGAAAAGGAUAUCGCGACGGAUUCGGAUACUACAGUAGAGUUACAGUACAUGGAGAAGACGGUAGCUGAUCUUCUGAAGAUUCGAGGGAGGGUGAAGAGUCAGAAUUACUGCGUGUAUUGUGUGUCUACCUUCACAUCGUUAAAAGAGACUAUUGAACAUUGUCAGCUUCACAAUCCUCGUGGUGUUGCUGUUCAGAAGGACAAGUCUCUAUGUCAUAUCUGCGAGAGAGCUGUGCAUUCGGCCGAAAGGAAGCUACAUUUGGAUAUUCAUGGUCCUACUGAUCUACCAUACAGUUGUGAGUUCUGUCGAUUCAAGACUUCUUCGAGAAUGGCGUUGAUAAGACACUUCGAGAAGAAACACAACAACGGAGUAAUGUUGUUAUGCCCUUUCUGUACUGAUGUUUUUGUUGCCAAGAGGCAGUACUCGAAAGGAAGGAGGGUUUUCAUUACUGCUGACAACUUCAUAAAACAUGUCAAGAGCCAUGUUGAUUGUAAGUGUUUUAAUAUAAUGUUUUUAAAUUGUAAACUUUGAUUGUUCAGGUUAUACGAAGUAUUAAUUUGUUAAGGUUUUUUUAUUUUACAAUUUUUUGAUGCUUUAAAGAAGAGCCAUGUAUAUAAGUCGUUUUUAAGUUUCAAUGUACCGAGCCAAAUGUAAACGUUGUGCCUGCAAGUUCUCUUCUGAUGAUCAUGGAUGUUUGGAGAAGAGAAUGAACGAACACAAGAGUUUCCAUUUAUGUAUGAAGAAUAAGAUUGAAGAUAGAGGUGAGUCACAAUUUAUGAUUAUCUAAAUAUGGGUCCAGUUGUUACUUUACUGUGUUUUGACAUAUCUUACGUUAGAUCUCGCAGCUCUUGAUCUUGAAAUGAAAAGCAAGCGAUCUGCCAAACUGAAUGUUAUGCCAUCGCAAUGUCCUGAUUGUAACUGUUACUUCAAGACGGUUGAAAGUCAUUUUGCAAAAGAUGUCAAGUAAGUGUUGUAAAUUUAAAUAAAAUGUAUAAAAAGAUGUUUUGGACUUUAAUAUUGUUAUUUUAGAAAGUGUGAAAACGCUGGAUGUCAAUACAGUACCGCCUGCCCCGUUGGGUUAAGACAACACAAAGUAUUAUGUUCUGUUGGACCAGAAAUACCGAAAAGAGUACCAUAUGGACGCAGGACUCUAACAACUGAACCAAAGGUCUCAGUGAAAAGUGAAAAACUGGCCUUGAACUGUUCUCACAAUUGUGGCUUUAAAUGUCACACUAGUCAUCAGAUGGCCAAUCACUUGAACCGACAAUGUGUUGGUGCUACUGGAGUACUGGAUUCUGCAACGGUACCAACUGGAUCUCAAGAAGAUGGAUUGUCGUGUAAGCAAGAAGAUGAAGUGGAGAAGUUUGCCUUGAAGUCUUCCAGAAUUGUGAACCAGAAACGGCCGUUGCCGAAGUUCGUAGAAGAUCCAGAGCUUAAUGAAUCCAUGGUUCUGGCAUUUGGUACCAAAAACAUGAAAGAGUUGAGGAGGAAGUUCAGAGGGCUCAAACGGAUGAAGCUCAGACACAACUACUACAUGGACACGGAAGUCGGAUCUCUUCUUGCGUAAGUUUUAAUAGUUACAGUAACUAAAACAGGUUUUCCAUUUUUUAAAUUUGAGUGUAGUAUGUGAGUAUUCUAAAAUAAAAAUGGAAUUUAAAAAAUUUUAAAUUUUAAAAGUAGUAUUCAGAAAGACUACCAGAUCAAUACGAAUGCUAAUUUCAGAAUUCAUAAAACCAAAGUUAAUCUCUCCCAAAUCGCAAACAAAAUAAUUCCUUGUUAA